CCUGGUCAUUACUUGCGGUCAUGCACAAAUAGUUGAUACGAAAAAACACAUUUUUUUGUGGAUGCUUUCUGCCUCUUCUGCGCUUCCCCUGGUAUGGUCCGCGCGCCACCACGACUAGGACUCGUCCACGGUCACCGCCGAGACCGCACAGGAAACGAAAAACCGCACACGCUCCACAACCAGCGACCAAAAGUGGCGACCAUGGCAUCCAACAGUCUUUUCAGCUCGGUGACACCAUGUCAACAGAACUUCUUCUGGGAUCCCAGCGCAAGUCGGAGGUUCAGUCCCCCGUCUAGUAGCCUUCAGCCCGUGCCGGUGAAAAUGAACGAUGUGAACACCACUACCACCACGGGACAGCAAGACGCGACCGUGCCCAGGCUGCGCCCGCAAGAGAACCGUUCCAUGGCCGAAAUCAUCGCAGAUCACCCUGCCGAACUUGUUCGGACGGACAGUCCAAAUUUCCUUUGUUCUGUUCUGCCUUCUCAUUGGAGGUGCAACAAAACACUUCCCGUGGCGUUCAAGGUUGUUGCACUAGGGGAAGUAGCUGACGGGACCACGGUCACAGUGAUGGCUGGCAACGACGAGAACUACUCGGCCGAGCUGAGGAACGCUUCUGGAGUUAUGAAGAAUCAGGUUGCCCGCUUCAACGACCUCCGUUUUGUGGGAAGGAGUGGAAGAGGCAAGAGCUUCACCCUGACAAUUACAGUAUUCACCAACCCGCCACAAGUAGCGACUUACCACCGAGCCAUCAAAGUCACUGUGGACGGCCCGCGAGAGCCAAGACGGCACAGGCAGAAGCUGGACGACUCGCCCAAAGCCGGCCUCUUCUCGGACCGACUCGGCGACUUUGAGCGCGUCCGGCAGGCCACCAUGAGGGUCGGCGUGCCGACACAAGGGCCACGGCCUUCCCUCAACGCCGGCCCCAACUCCUUCUCUCCGCAGGGCCAAGGUCAGAUAUCAGACCCGCGUCAGGCGCAGUCGUCUCCGCCGUGGUCGUACGAGCAGCCGUACCCGUCCUACCUGGGCCCCAUGGCGUCCCCAUCUGUCCACUCCACCACCCCACUGUCCGCUAGGCCUGCCACCGGCCUGCCUGCCAUCAGCGACGUGCCCCGUCGUCUACCAGGUGCUUCCGAUCUGAGUCCUUUCCCGGGCCAGUUUGAGCGCCAGUUCCCAGGCUUCUCCUCACUCACCGAGAGCCGCUUCUCCAGUCCCAGGAUGCACUACCCGGCCACGUUCACCUACACGCCCACGCCUGUCACCUCGGGCAUGUCCCUGGGCAGUGCCCACUACCACACCUACCUGCCGCCCCCUUACCCGGGCUCCACCCAGAGCGGCCAGAGUGGGCCCUUCCAGAGCAGCAGCACCCCUUAUCUCUACUACGGAGCCUCGACCGGGUCGUACCAAUUCUCCAUGGUGCCGGGGGGAGGUGGCGGAGCAGGAGGAGCAGGAGGAGGAGGAAGCGGGGGAGGAGGCGCAGUUGGAGAUCGCUCGCCUGGCCGAAUGCUGCCUCCCUGCACGAGCGCCUCCACGGGGAGCUCGCUGGUCAACAGCAGCCUUCCUGGGCAGGCGGAGAGUAGUGGAGGGGUGGAGGGGGACGGCAGCCACAGCAACUCCCCGACCAUGCUGAACACGGCCGGCAGGAUGGACGAGGGUGUCUGGAGACCGUACUGAAAGUCUGAACUGAGUGGACUAGCAGGAAAUUUGCUAAUAGACUGGUUGAUUGGUUGGUUGGUUGGUUGGUUGGUUGGUUAAUUGAUUGGUUGAUUGGUUGGUCAGCAGAGGUGGAAAGGGUAAAAAUCCUACCAUCAGUUGGUUCUUUCCUGUCAAUUAACACAGGUGAUUUCACCAUUGAGCUGAUCUACCUGGCCGAAGAGUUGUGCUAAUUAGAAUCAGCAUCUUUAGUGAAUGUUUGAAACAAAUAUGGGGUCGGAUUUUUACUUUCUGAAGCCAGAGUUUCUCACCUCUGUUGGUUGGUUGGUACGUUGGUGGAUAGUCAGGUGAUACAAGGGCCUGCGAUAUUGAAAGACUUAGAAACGUCAAAUCCACAUCAUGGUUCCAAAGCACAACCCUCACUGAAGAUUCAUCUUCAAAUGAAUGAUUUUUGUUGCUGUUAUUUUGGUUUUGUGAGGUUUUUAUUUUUGUUUUUCAGAGAUAUCGCUCUCACCUAAUUUGUUAUGAAACAUUUUUGAACUAUUGUCUUUUAUUUGGGUAUAUCUGAGUAUUUAUAAACCAAAGGGAAAUAUGCGCUCAGCAUUGAACUAUUCAGUCAUUCAGAAGAGCAUGCUUACGUGAGUGACUACAACAUUCUGCAGAGUCAUCAUGAAACACAAAAGACUUAAAGACACUUUUGAUUCAGAGCAUUCUCUGGAGGAUGGAGAAAACAUUGUAAACUAUAGUAUGUCUCAGCAUGUUUAUUUUAUUUUUUAUUUUAUUUUAUUUGAAUUUUGGUUUGCCUACAACACAGGUAUGAACAGUUGCAAAUGAGGCACUUGUAGAAAUGCAUUCAGUAUACUAAGAUUUUGUGAUCUGACCAAGUAGUUUGCUUUUUAAAAAUCUGUACUCUUUAAUUAAUUAUUUAAAUUAUAUGUGGGGAAACAUUUUUGCUGAUGAAGUUUGUUAUUAAGUUAUAAUGCCAUAAAUUAAGUAGUGGAAACUUGAGUCAUAGAAAUGUACUCGAAAUAUUUUUGUAUAGCAUCUAUGCUCUCCAAGUUUAUAAUGACAAUCACAAUUAAUUUAAAGUAUAUAUUUUGUUUAUUUUAGUGCCUUAAUAAUGUGUAUGGAACAAAAUUAUUAAUUUAUCAAAAAUGGUUUGAGGAUUUCCAGGGCUCUUUCUAUGGUGUGAACACACACACACACUUGUUAUUUAAGUAUUCUAACCAAAGAUUUUUUCCAAUUUCACCCCCCUUUUGGUUAGUUAGUUUUAAAAAUGUUUUUUUUUAUUAUUAUUAUUAUUUAGACAAGUGUAUUGAUCUCUUGUUAUUGUCGUAAAAAGGAACAUGGCUCAUUUGGUACAAGAUACUUACAUACAGGUAGACAGGCUAUAAACGAAUUGGCGAUGAGAAAUUUGAGAGUAACUGAAGGUUAACAACAUCAACAGUAACAACCGCCCUGUGGUAGCCUACACUUGGCCAUGGAGAAAGAGCAUCAGCUGAAGAGAAAUAACAGCAGCUACCAUAUAAAAUGGUAGUGGAGAGUAAUGAAAGUAUGAACUGUAAGGACAUUAGUAUCAUCAGAGGAGCAGGAAAAUAAUUAUUUACAGCUAUAAUUUUAUGUAUUUUUUCAAAAUACCUCUUUACAAGUGCAUUGACACAUGACAAAAGGAAUAUCACAUACAAUCACACAAAUUGACCUAAAGUAAAUUGUUGUCAGAAACCAUGGGGUUUGUUGAUGACUUUGGGUCACCUUUGUGUACCUUUUAAAAAGUGAAUUGAGAGUAUUUUUCCACACAGUCCAAACUAUUUCAAAAAGAUGCGCGCGCACACACACACACACACACACACACACACACACACACACACACACACACACACUAUCCUCAGCUCUCUCGUCCAGAUAAAUCAUAGCUGCCAGAGUUAGCUAAGGGACAUCUCCGGUGUGUGUCAUCCUCCUUGGUGUGUCAUUUUCUCUGAAACGAUUUCCAGAGUGAUGCAAAAAAUACUUCAGAAAAUCAGCAGUACUCAUUGCGUAACAACAUACUCAAAACUGAUGACUUCUCCAAACUGAUAUCUCAAUAUGGAAAGAGGAACUUAGAGUGGUCAUAUGGGCCCCAAAGUUAUUCCCUAUUUAUCCAAAAUAUUUAUGUUAUUUAUCAACUAAAAAACUCAGCUGUUGUAGCUACUCAGAGCAUGGGGAAAACAUCAACAGAUACUUUGCCUGUUUUUUUGCACAGUGGACACUGUAAUUGUGUAAGCCUUUGGUUUUUAUUUGUAAUGAUAUUCAAGACAGUACAAGUAAUGAUUGGACAUAAACUCCCUGUCAUCGUUUACCAUCGUGAUUUUUUUUAAACGCAUUUAGGUUGGUAUGAAUGCUUGUGUUUGGUACCAGGGAUAUACUCAGUCCAGUUUUUAAAGUGUGUGGUGUGUGUGUGUCUGUGUCUGUGUGUGUCUGUGUGUGUCUGUGUGUGUGUGAGAGAGAGAGAGAGAG